AUGGGUCUUGCACGGCACGCUCAAUUCAUUAGCCGUACGAUCUUUGUGCAGAACAAUGAUGUGGACAAAGCAUGUCGCGUGCUAAACCAUAUAUUGUCCAAAGAGGACAUCUUUGGACAGUACAGACGCACAAGGUAUUAUGAGAAGCCAACUCAGGUUAGACGUAGAAUCAACUUCGAGACAUGCAAGGCAAUCUACAAUGAGGACAUGGAUAGAAAGAUUAAAUUUCUUUUACGCAAAAACAGGGUAGAUCCUUUCCCCGGUGCGUCGUAAGUUUGUAAAUUCCAUUUUAAAUUGUACAAAGCUGUUUAUAGCUUGGCGCCAUGUGAUCUAUUUAUGAAUAAUAUUAUUGUCGAAAAUAUAGAAAAAAAGUGUUCUGUCGC